CCAGCCAUGAUUGGGUUCUCUUCCCCAGUGUUUGUCCUGCUACUACUGACGGCUGUUAUUGCGGUGAUUGCUAACUCUGGAGAUAUUCUAAUAAGACGGAAAAGAGAAUGGAUUAUCCCUCCAAAGCCGCUGAAGGAAAAUGUAGACUACACCAAACGGGAUUUUAUUGCUAAGAUUCGGUCAGAUUCUGAAACUUCGGAAAAGAUCGAAUACUCCAUAGAAGGCAUCGGUGCGAAUAAAAAGCCCUUCCAUGUGUUUGUUGUCGACCCCGAAACUGGAUUUAUUAGAGUGACCCAGAAGCUCGACAGGGAGCAAAUAGACACGUACACUCUGUCGGGUAUUGCUAAGAAAAGAGAUGGCAGCCAUGCAGAGGAAAAAAUUGACAUACGCAUCAAGGUUGUGGAUGAGAACGACAACGCGCCUGUGUUUGGACAACUCGAGCACGGGAAUGUGAAUGAGCUCAGUGCUAUAGGGACUUCAGUUAUGAAAAUAACUGCAACCGACGCUGACGAACCAGGGAACGAGAACUCUCAACUCGCUUACAGCAUCCUAGAACAGAACCCACCGAAUGACAUGUUCGCCAUAAACAACGAUGGGACCAUCUUCGUCAAAAAUGCUGCCCUGGACAGAGAGACAAUAGAUCAGUACACUCUGAAGGUAAAAGCUCAAGACCUAAAUGGCAAACCAGGCGGAAAGAGUGGAAUCAGCACGGUCACCAUUAAUAUCCAAGACAUAAACGACAACCUUCCCACUCUAGAAAAGCAGGCGUAUGAGGGCAGCAUUGAGGAGAACGCACAGGGUGUGGAGGUGAUGAGGCUCAAAGUAGAGGACCUGGACGUGGAGAACACAGAAAACUGGGACGCUGUGUUUGAAAUUGUCAAAGGCAACGAGGCGGGGUACUUCAGCAUUAAAACAGACCCCAAGACCAACGAGGGCAUCCUGAUGCUCGACAAGGCUGUGGAUUAUGAGGAUGUGAAGGAACUUGACCUAGGAAUAUCUGUGAGGAACAAGGCUCCAAUGGCUGAUGGAUCUCAGGGAGGAGUUGGUGUUGGUGUAGGUGUCGGUGUCGGUGCAGGUGCAGGUGCAGGUGCCGGAGCCGGUGCCGGUGCCGGUGCAGGUGCAGGUGCCGGAGCCGGUGCCGGUGCAGGUGCAGGUGCAGGUGCCGGUGCAGGUGCUGGCGGCACAGGUGGCACAGGCGGCACAGGUGGCACAGGUGGCACAGGUGGGUCUAUUGGAACUGGAGGCACCGCAGGCACCGGAGGAACAUCAUUGCCAAAAGGGAAAACCUAUCCAGUCAAAAUCAAAGUAAAGAACCUGCCCGAGGGGCCAAGUUUCGACCCGAAAGUGAAAGCCAUUCCCAUCUCAGAGGGAGACAGCUCUUUCAACGUGAAUACUGUUAUUGCGACCUACAAGGCAACAGAUGCAGACACCAGGAAACCGGCAGAGAACGUCAGGUAUGUCAAGGGCUCGGACCCUGACAACUGGCUAACCAUCGACCCAAAGACGGCUGAGAUCAGACUGAACAAGAUACCUGAUAGAGAAUCUCCAUACCUGAUCAAUGGGACAUACAUGGCUAUAGUGCUCUGCAUCUCAGACGACAUGCCUGGUAAAACAGCCACUGGCACAGUAGCCAUCCAGGUUGAGGAUUUUAAUGACAACUGCCCUUCCCUGAACAGCAACAUGGAGACAAUCUGUACCCCAAGUGAUGCAGUUAUUGUGAGCGCAACAGAUGUGGACCACUUCCCAAAUGGGGCUCCGUUUCACUUUGUCAUCAUCCCAGAAGAAACUCGGGGCAAAUGGCAUGUGGAGCAUCUAAACAAAACCUCAGCUAUCCUGAGGGCCGUGGGGCCCACAUGGCCUGGCUCCUAUGAGGUGAGCUUUAUGGUGAAGGACCAGCAGGGUUUCGCCUGUCCAGAACCACAGAAGGCGACGAUCCGAGUUUGUACCUGUGAGGAUGGCGUGGUGUGUGGUAAACGAGGCGCCGGCGGUCAGCCCAAAAGGGGAAUGGAGUUAGGACCUGCAGGCAUCGGACUGCUUCUCCUAGGCCUGUUGCUGUUAUUACUCGGCCUUCUGAUGCUGCUCUUCUGCAAUUGUGGGGGGGCCGGGGCUGGGUCGGGGAACUUUGCUGAGAUGCCUUUCGACACCAAAUCCCACCUCAUUAACUACCACACUGAGGGCCAGGGGGAGAAUACGGCGGUGCCACUCCUGACCAUGCCAACACAAAUAGAUGAAAAGAUAGUUAUGGGUAACAGUUUGUCAGUAAUGGCACCCGUGGCAGGUAUGGGCUUCCAGAGAUCCGUAACCUCCAUGGAUGGGAUGAACGUGUAUGGAGAUGGCUACGCAAGUGGCCACAGAGGAGAAUCAUGGGGGAUGGCGAACCAGGCAAUUGGCAGUGGGUUGUACUCUGAGUUUGACGGCAGAGAAUCCAGAGCAGGUGGAGGAAUGUAUGAAGGCAUGGCUCUGCCAGACCACUUUCUAGGACAGUACUACUCUCAGAAGGUGACAAGUGAAAAAGAGAACCUUGCAGCGAAGGAUGGUUUUCUGGUCUAUGACUACGAGGGCCAGGGCUCCUCUGCUGGCUCAGUGGGCUGCUCCAGCCUCCUGGAGGAUGACAACGACUUGGAUUUUCUUGAUGACCUCGGGACCAAGUUCAAGACCCUGGCUGAAGUGUGCGGAGGCAAGAAGAUCCCAACCGAAGUCAAACAAGUGUUCACUCUUCCGCUCAGUGCUUCCAUCAACACACAGACCUCAGUAUCAAGUUCAAUGGCCGUCCAACAGCAACCCCCUCCACCCAAGCUGCAGCCUACCAUUCCCACAACUGUGGUCAGGGAUUUAUCUGAGGGUACUCAGGUGAUGAAGGAAAGCACGGCGACCGUGAGGGAAGGGAUGACCACAGUCAGGAAUGGAGUGACUAUGGUGAACGAAGGGAUGGCAAAUCAAGGCCAGAUGCUCCUGAUACAGCCGCAGCAGCAGCAGCAGCCCAUCUACUACACCACCAGCCCGAUGAUGCAGCCGACACACUUCGUAGUCCAGCCACAAGUUCAGAACACUGUCCUGCUGGCGGAGGCACCAACCACCAACAUGCAAGGCAUGGUACUGGUUAACGGCACCCAGACUGGACCUACCCAAGGCAUGGUACUGGUUAACGGCACCCAGACUGGACCUACCCAAGGCAUGGUACUGGUUAACGGCACCCAGACUGGACCUGCCCAAGGCAUGGUUGUUCAGGGCCAGACAAUGAUGUCCAGCGGACAAGCCCGUGGCCCCCACAUGGUGCUGAUGGACAGUGGUGGAUUCCAGGGGCAAAACCUGAUACAAACUGGGAACCUCUCGGGUUCUCAGACCUUGAUGAUGGUAGAGGGCAACGUCCCUGCAGGGUCAAUGACCUACGUGCAGGGGGGCACUCUGCAGGCAGGAGGGCUUUCAGGAUCCCAGAGGGUCCUGGUGGUCGGAGGGUCAACAAGCAGCGGAGGGCCUCUUAUCCAGAAGGCAGGAGGUCUGUCCCAGAAAAGUGGCAUCUCUGGCUCUCAAAGAGUCAUGGUCGUCGGAGAUGCAACGAGCAGCAGUGGGCCUCUGGUCCAAGAGGCAGGCGGUCUGUACCAGUUGAGUGGCGCCUCUGGAUCUCAAAAAGUCCUCUACAGCAAGGGCAGGCCAUCUACUGGCUCCCAGAGUACCGUGGUGGGCUCCUCUACCACCACCGUGAAUUCAGCCUCCACAUACCGCAAUGUGGUGGUGCAGGAAACCAGAGAAAGACACUGAAUGAGAGACUAUCAGGACAAGUGUGGACCUUUCCAAUGAUGCUGAUGAGACUGUUCCAUUGGCCUGGUCCUGGUGGUGAUGGGAUGCUUGUGGGACUCAACUAAUGCAAGACAGCUAAUGAAGAGGGCAGCUUCCCUAUACCCUCCCUUGAAUUUGACAGCACAAUUCUUGAAAAAUGUUUGUCAAUCCCAAAUGUUUGGACACACUGCAGCACAGCUAUCUCCAGACACCCCGACCCUUCUUCUUAUUGUUUACCAGCAGCUCAAUAGCUCACUCUGUCGGUCAAUCGGUCCACACACAUUUCCCAACCAUAUUUGUCCUUUGGAGGCUGAACUCUGUCAUAUGGAAGUCAAGUGUGCGGGCGUGAAGGUGUUUGUUCUAAUGCCAAGUGGCAAACAGGAGGUGUGUCAGUGUGAUUGGCCUGUAGCAAGAAGGUACGUAUCUUCUGAACCGAUUCAGGUUCCAUGAUCAAACUCAAGAAUGAUCUCAGCGAAGUGCCCCCUAUACAUAAGCCACAACCUACUAUAAAUCACAAUUAUAACUUACAAUCUGAUGCUGAAAGAAUUGUUUUGGAGGUGCGGAUGCAUGCCUGUACAUGGUCACAGCUAUUGCAGUCACUUUUCUCUUCCGUUUCUGCACCUCUUUGGAGUGACACAUCAUGUUCUUUAUACAAUUAGUACAUCCUCAAGUUUUGUUGUAUAUCUUCACUUGCUCCAUUAUCUAUUGUAUCACAUGUUGUUAUUUUGCACCAAUAAAAAUAAUAAAAACCUA